CUUUGCCGAAUUCCGAUUACGAUCCAUUUCAUCCAUCCAAGGGCAGAGCAGAGCACAAGGACAGAGAAAGAGACAGGUCGAGGGUCUCGAGCAGCCAUGGCCAAUACGACGCAUCGCGGUGCGCUGCACAUCCACGGCACCAACCCGCAGUUUCUCGUCGAAAAGGUCAUCCGGGCGAGGAUCUACGACUCGCUCUACUGGAAGGAGCACUGCUUCGCCCUGACGGCUGAGACACUCAUCGAUCGGGCCCUGGAGCUCCACUAUGUGGGAGGCACGUAUGGCGUCCAAAAGGUGUCUCCCUUUCUCUGCCUCGUCCUCAAGCUGCUCCAGCUACAGCCAGAGAGGGAGAUCAUUCUCGAAUAUCUCGCCGCAGAGGAGUUCAAGUACCUCAGGGCGCUCGCCGCCAUGUACGUCCGCCUCACCUUUCGAGCCGUGGACGUGUACGAGACGCUGGAGCCGCUGCUCAACGACAGUAGGAAACUUCGGUGGCGAGACAUGAGUGGGGCCUAUCGCCUCUCGCACAUGGACGACUUCGUCGAUGAGCUGCUCACGCAGGAGAGGGCAUGCGACCUCAUCCUGCCCCGACUGACCAGGCGAGACGUGGUCGAAGAGACCGAAGGACUGGCACCGCGCAUCAGCAAGCUCGAAGACGCACUCCUGCACGGCAAGAUUGACGCUGCAAAGGGCAAUGGUGAAGACGGGAGCGGAGCCGAGAGCGACGAUUCUGCAAAGCACGAAUUGGCCGAGCGAAAGGAAAGGGUCGAGAGAGCGCGCAGGCUCAGGGAAGAGCGCAUGGCCGAGGACGACAAAGCGGCGAGCAUGGCCAUGGGCAACGUCGAUGACUACCCGUCCCAAGAAGAGGACGAGAAUGCGGACGAAGAAAGGUUCGUCAGUCGAAGCCCCAGCAGGAGCGCCUCGCCAGCGAAUGGCUACGUCUCGCGAUCGCCGAGCCGAAGCCCAGAUCGAGAGGGUAACGGCUAUGUUUCGAGGUCUCCAAGUCGAAGUCCAGACAGGCAGGGCAACGGCUACGUCUCGAGAUCUCCAAGUAGAAGUCCUGACCGGUCCUGAAACAUAUCGUCAUCAUCGAAACAACCACAUCAUCAAUUGUACACUAUCACUUCAUCUUUGUUCAAGAAUGCAUCUUCGAGCU